AUGAUGCACUUGGUCUUCCUCCAAAUUAUUGAGCAAAAUAGACGCUUCCAAUUUCAUUGGAAAUGUGAAGCCUCCAAUAUCUUCCAACUGGAUUUUGCCGAUGAUGUUAUCUUAUUCAGUCGAGCAGCGGUGGACUCUAUACGUGUAUUCAAGGACGGACUGGAUCGCUUUGGUGAUUGGUCGGGGCUUCAGUUAAAUGCCCAAAAAGGUCAUCUCAUAUUGUCCCGAGCGGCUCAAGGAAUGAAAGAGGAGCUGUUGACGAUGCUUGAGUUACAGGAGGGACAACUGCCGAUGAGGUAUUUAGGACUCUCCUUAAUAUCAUCUAGACUCCCGAUACCUGAUUGCCUACCCUUGCUGAAUAAAAUUGAGUCUCGUAUUGCUGGAUGGGAGGGGUUGGCUUUAUCAUAUGCUGGACGAGUGCAAAUUAUUAAAUUUGUGCUUUCGUCCCUUAGUAUUUAUUGGUCUUCGACUUUCAUUCUCCUAAAAAGGGUCAUUAAUGAAAUUGAAAAACGCUUACGGAAGUUCCUAUGGAAAGGCACGAGGAGUAGUGGGUAUGCUAAAGUUGCUUGGAGGGAGUUGUGUAAACCGAAAGAUGAGGGGGGUCAAGGAUUGAAAGACAUUGGGACGAUAAAUCGGGCCCUCAUGUGUAAAAAAUUGUGCGAUGUUAUUCGUUGUGACAGGACAUCCAUUUCGGUGGAAUGGUUACACCAAGGACGACUUCGGGACUCCUCUAUUUGGACUAUAUCUGAAAAUAGAGGCUCAUGGUGUUGGAAGAAACUUAUACGGUUAAGGGCAUGGUUGCGACCGGAGGUUGUUUACCACAUCGGAUUGCAGGAAUCCAGCAGGUUGUGGGCUGUCAUUCACGAGGGUCAGUGGCAAUGGCCUUCUAUCACUGACUUCAAAUGUUUGGAGAUCUUGCAAGUACUACCUGUUAUUCACGGAGGAAAAGCUUGCUACGACGGACAAGCAAUGGUUAUCACAUUUAGGAGGAUGCGUCCUAUGUACUGA